AUGAGCAAGUCAGGCGAAUAUGUCUCAUCAAAAGAAAAUGACAUAACCACAUUAAAAUUGAAUGAAAAGCAAGAAAAAAGACACGCUGAUCUGCCCACAUUUUCAGAAUCACCAAAAAUAAAUUCGGAAGUUUACGAAAAUAUUCUUAAAUUAUACAAUCAAAAAAGCUUAAGCUAUUCAAAGGAGAAAUUAAAUAUUGUGGAAUUCGAAGGUGAACAGGAAGAACAUUACGGGAAAAUUUCGGCCAUUGAAGAGGCUGAAGAUGAAGAAGUGGAAGGGAAAGAAAAUGAAGAUGAGGGGAGUGAAGUGAACCAUGGGAAGUUUUAUGAGGAUUAUGAAAAGUGCUACCAUUUAAAAAGGGAAGAUAAAUAUAGUAGAGCACAAAUAGAAAAAUCCAAUGAAUUUGAAAUAUAUGGCCAUAGAGAUGGCAAUGAUAAUGGUGGUGACGAUUACGGUACCUAUGAUGGUGUAAAAAAUGAAGUAAAAAAAGAAAAGUCAAUUGACGAAAAUCAUUGUAAAUAUACAACAUUAAAAAUUAAGGCGACACCAAAUGGAAGCAGCAAUGAGUUGAAAAAUGUUACUCAAGAUAGUUUCAUUAAAGAGGUAAUUCUAGAUAUACAAAAAAACACAGUGGAACACAAAAAGACAAAUUAUCUAUGUUUAGAAGAAAUAUUAAAGAAAAUUAACUUCAUUUUAAAGGAGCAAAUUGAAAUAAACAGAUCCAAUGUUUCCCACAGAUCGGACAGGCAAAUAUUAUUUCAGAAUGUUUAUGAAGUACUGAAUGAAGCUUCGAAUGCAAAAAUGAACGUCUGCAUGAAUAAGGCCUUCAACUCCCUGUCGAACAAAGACUUUGCUAAAUAUUACGUAAAGAAUAAUCUGGAAAAAAAAAAGGGAAAUGGUCUUUACGGAAAAAAUUCAAGUGGCUUUUUUAACUCCCAUAUCAUGGAACAAAUAAAUGAAAUACAUGAAAAUAAUCUCACAAAUGUAGUGCACACAAAUGAUAAAUAUUUGAGUGAAGACAGUGAAAAACUUAAAAUAUAUAAUAAGAACGUACAACUGUUCUUGUUCCACCUGGACAAAUUAGAAAAAAGUAUGUAUGCAUUUACUCAUUUUUGUAGAAAUGCGUCAAAUGAAACUUAUCAUGAUUCUGAAAUUUCGUUAAAUUCACAAGAACAGAAGAUUUUUUCAUUUCUGCAAGACCCCCGAGCAAUGAGAUUAGUUCGAACACUUGAAAAAAAUUUAACGCAAAUAAAAAGUAUUUGUACUGAUACCCCGCCUACUAGAUUAGCAGCUUCACCAACAUGA